AUGAACGAAAGGAAAUUGAUUGGCAAUAUCCUCGCUGAGGAUAACGACUCUGAUGAGGAACCUCUGGCACGUUUUACGAAGACCAAGCGGCAUGUCCUUUUAAAUAAAGAUGAGCUCAGCCAGCUAUUUGAAAGACCUACGUCCGCCCCUGCAGUUUAUCUUCCUUUCCCUCAAGUGUUUUGGGCUGAAAAAGAUCCUCAAUAUACAAUUGGAAAUAUCUCAUCUGGCUUGUCAGAACUUUCCGUUCAGGAUUCCUUUUCUGUCCAUAACCCACCUCCAGGCCUAUCAAAUCCAAAUCUAAACUUGGGUGCUCCGGAAUUUGUCCCUUCUUUUAGUGCCCCACCGGUCCCAUCCAAGAUGAGUGAACUCGCUGAAAUUCGUGGAAGAGUAGCAGAAAUGUCCCGCGACCAAGCAGGUUCAAGAUUUCUACAGCAAAAAUAUGAAAUUGCUUCAGCUGAAGAUAAACAGAUGGUUUUUGAAGAAAUUUAUAGGUGUGGCUUCAGCAUCAUGAUUGAUGUUUUUGGCAAUUACGUUGUUCAGAAAAUUUUAUGCUUGUCAAAUAAAUAGGGAAAGUCUUUCUUUAUUUUUGGCGCAAAAAUCUAUUUUUUUUGGCUUAAAAAUAGCAAAAAUUUGCUGAGCAUACGAAAGUAUUUCCGAAAUGUCUAGAUAACUAUAGAGUUUGGAAACUUAGAACAGCGCAGAGCCAUUGCAAGUGUAAUGUCUGGGAGAGUCAUUGAGCUCUCCAUGCACAUGUAUGGCUGCCGAGUCAUACAGAGAGCCUUAAUUCCCUUCCGUGAGCGAAACAAAACCAUUGGAAAAAUUCCUAGUUUUGGCCCAAAAGCACACCCUCUAUGAGCGAACUUUUUUUAAUAAAAAAGUUUUUUGUUAAAAAAUAUUUUGAUAUAUAAGUGAUGAUUAGUAUAAUGAAAUCUCGAGCUAAUUCUGUUUAAUUUUAAAAAACGUAAUUUUACAAAUUAUAUUUAUAUUUGCUUUCCAAUUUUUGCGAUAUGGGAUUUUUUUAAAUUUCAAAAUUAAAUUUUAUAUAAAAGUUUUUCAAGCCUUCGCUCCGUGAGUGAACAAAUUUUUUGUUCACUCACGGAUGGGGAGUUAGAAGUUAUUGAAGUUGACCAAAGAAGGUUUUUAGCUUUAGAGCUCAGAGGGCAUGAAGAAAGGCUAGUUGAAGACCAAAACGGGAACCAUGUUGUCCAGAAGUGUGUGGAAACUCUGCCUUACCAGUUCAUGAGCUUUAUCGUUGAUGCUUUGAGGCCAAACAUUAUUUAUUGGACUGAACAUCCUUAUGGUUGUAGAGUUGUGCAAAGAAUUAUUGAAUUUUCUCCUAGAGAAGCGAUAACUGAUGUGCUGCUAACUGUCAUAAGAAAUGCCGUUGAAAUCAGCAAGAAAAAUUAUGGCAACUAUGUCCUUCAGCAUAUUCUCGACAAAGGCAAUCCUCAAGACAAGCAGCAACUUAUCAACGCAUUUCCAGGCAGACUUUAUGAGCUCAGCAAACACAAGUUUGCAAGCAACGUCAUUGAAAAAUGUUUAAUUGUCGGCUCCCCAGACCAAGUUAAGGUGUUCACCAAAGAGAUUUUUGCCCCUGAGCGUGUGUUUGAGCUGAUGACUGACAAAUUUGCCAACUUUGUGAUCCAAAAAGCCCUUGAAGUUUCCAAAGGCGAAUUGCAGCAUUUCUUAGCUUUAAAAGUAAAUGAACAUGCAGCGGCUUUACGGAAUUAUCCUUACGGCAGACACAUCCUCAACUGCCUCGAGAAAAUAAAAAAGAGGAUAUAA